GCGGGGUGAAACUAGCUAGAGGGGAGGGUCCAGCGCGGCCCCCGGCGAGCUUCACUGCGCUUGCGCUGACAGACGCAAGAUGGCGGACAGUGCGGAACUAAAGCAAAUGGUUAUGAGCCUUAGAGUUUCUGAACUCCAAGUUCUCUUGGGCUACGCUGGGAGGAACAAGCACGGACGCAAACACGAACUUCUUACAAAAGCCCUGCAUUUGUUAAAGGCUGGCUGCAGCCCUGCUGUACAAAUGAAAAUUAAAGAACUCUACAGGAGGCGGUUCCCUCAGAAAAUUAUGACGCCUGCGGACUUGUCUAUCCCCAACGUACAUUCAAGUCCUAUGCCAGCGACUCUGUCUCCAUCUACCAUUCCACAGCUCACCUAUGAUGGUCACCCGGCAUCAUCCCCACUACUCCCUGUUUCUCUUCUGGGACCUAAACAUGAACUGGAACUCCCACAUCUCACAUCAGCGCUGCACCCCGUCCAUCCGGAUAUAAAGCUGCAAAAGCUACCAUUCUAUGACCUGCUGGAUGAGCUGAUCAAACCCACCAGUCUAGCGUCAGACAACAGCCAGCGCUUUCGGGAAACCUGUUUUGCAUUUGCCUUGACUCCACAACAGGUGCAGCAGAUCAGCAGCUCCAUGGAUAUUUCUGGGACCAAAUGUGAUUUCACAGUGCAGGUCCAAUUAAGGUUUUGUUUAUCAGAAACCAGCUGUCCACAAGAAGAUCACUUCCCACCCAACCUUUGUGUGAAAGUGAAUACAAAACCUUGCAGCCUUCCAGGUUACCUUCCACCUACUAAAAACGGUGUGGAACCAAAGCGACCUAGCAGACCAAUUAAUAUCACCUCACUUGUCCGAUUGUCCACGACAGUACCAAAUACCAUUGUUGUUUCUUGGACUGCGGAAAUUGGAAGAACCUAUUCCAUGGCAGUAUAUCUUGUAAAACAGUUGUCCUCAACAGUUCUUCUUCAGAGGUUACGAGCAAAGGGAAUAAGGAAUCCGGAUCAUUCUAGAGCUUUAAUUAAAGAGAAAUUAACUGCAGAUCCAGACAGUGAAAUAGCUACCACCAGCCUACGGGUUUCACUGCUGUGUCCACUUGGGAAAAUGCGACUGACAAUUCCAUGUCGGGCACUUACCUGUUCCCACCUUCAGUGUUUUGAUGCAACUCUUUAUAUUCAGAUGAAUGAAAAAAAACCAACAUGGGUUUGUCCUGUCUGUGAUAAGAAAGCUCCAUAUGAACACCUUAUUAUUGAUGGGUUGUUUAUGGAAAUCCUGAAGUACUGUACAGACUGUGAUGAAAUACAGUUUAAGGAGGACGGCUCAUGGGCCCCGAUGAGAUCGAAAAAGGAAGUGCAGGAAGUUACUGCUUCCUACAAUGGAGUUGAUGGAUGCUUGAGCUCCACAUUGGAGCAUCAGGUGACUUCACACAACCAGUCCUCAAAUAAAAACAAGAAAGUUGAGGUGAUUGACCUAACCAUAGACAGUUCAUCAGAUGAAGAGGAGGAAGAGCCCUCUGCCAAGAGGACCUGUCCUUCCCUGUCUCCUACAUCACCACUAAAUAAUAAAGGGUUAUGUGGAUGGAACAGAGCAUGUCCAUCUCAGCUCUCGGGAAAGUGGGCAAGACAAAGUAUUUUAAGUCUUCCUCAUCAAGCAUCACCUGUGUCCCGCACCCCCAGCCUUCCUGCUGUAGAUACAAGCUACAUCAACACUUCCCUCAUCCAGGACUACAGGCACCCUUUCCAUAUGACACCCAUGCCUUAUGACUUACAAGGAUUAGAUUUCUUUCCUUUCUUAUCAGGAGACAAUCAGCAUUACAACACCUCCCUGCUUGCUGCUGCAGCAGCGGCAGUCUCAGAUGACCAGGACCUCCUGCACUCCUCCCGCUUUUUCCCGUAUACCUCCUCGCAGAUGUUUCUCGAUCAGCUAAGUGCUGGAGGAAGCACUUCUUUGCCAGCCACCAACGGAAGCAGUAGUGGCAGCAACAGCAGCCUUGUGUCUUCCAACAGUCUGAGGGAGAGCCAUGGCCAUGGCGUGGCUAGCAGGAGCAGCGCGGACACGGCGUCCAUCUUUGGCAUCAUACCAGACAUUAUCUCGUUGGACUGACGCCCUCACCCUGCUGCUCCCACCCUGUCCCAGAUUCAAUGACUUGGCAGAAGAGAACUCUGUGCUCUGUUUUACCUUAUCCUGUUUAGAAAAGUACACAAGCGUGGGUUUUUUUUUUCCUUUUUUUAGGGAAAAAAAUUAAAAGAAAUGUACAGAGAACAAAACUAUAUUUUCAGUUUUACUUUUGUAUAUAAAUCUAAGACUGCCUGUCUGAUAAAAUACUUGUUUAAAAAAAAAGGAAGGAAAGAAAAGAAAAACAAGCACCCACAAACCUCCUUCAGUUCAUUUUUUCUGGAUUCUGAAGACUUCACCAUUUGUCCUAUGGUUUGGGUUUUAUUUUACUUCAAUGGCAUUAUCUUACUUGCAAUAACAGAAACAGAAUUGCAUGUAUGAAGUUUUAAAUUGUGGGCUUUGUUGUGGGGAGGGGGUUGGGAUAGUUUUGAUUUCCAUUUUUUAAAAGUAACAGACUUGGAUUCUGUUUGUGUAUGCGUGGAUUUUACCAGCCUUAAGUUAUAAAUCUCACCUGUCCCACUGCAUUCCCUUUGUUUUCAGUACAUAGCUCGUGGGUAUGUGUGUUUUCGGUGUGUGCCUGUGUGUAUUGUUCUGUCAUCACUGUCCCCUCUCCUCCUGAGUUGGCAUUUAGUUAAUAUCAGUUGCCUGCUUCUCUCAAAGUGUUUCAGAGGCCUUGAACUCUGAUGUGAGCAUCUUUCUCAGCUCUCCCAAUGCAUGUUCUCCAUCACAGGUUGUCUAUGAUCUGCUGUGUACCCCCAAGAGUGUGUUUCCUAGAAGUGCUGGAGCAAAAGCUGCCUGGAUAGGCAGCCUGAGGGCAGGCCUGUAAUCAACAGCACACUUGUGUUGACUCUGAAUCUGAAUUGCCAGUAUUUUGUAUGUAAACCAAGUCUGUGAGCCCUUGCAUUUUGGCCACAGGGUAAUGAGUUCUCCUGAGAAUCUUCAUACCAAAGUGAGAUAUGAAAGAGUCUUGGAAGCCCCAUGUGCAGCUGGCAGAGGACAUUGUUCCACUUCAACAAAGAAGUCAAUUACCCUAAAGUUGACAGUACAGUGCAGCUCACUUGUGGGUCCAUAGCAAAUCUGUUUGAUAAAAGUUUGAAACUCAAAAACAACCUUAGUUAUUUGCUUCACUGGUUCUGAGUAUACUUCCUUUCUUAGCCUUGCUUAUUUUUUACUCACCUUUUAAUGACAAGCAUAACAUAGGAAGCCAUUUUUUAAUUCAAGAAUCAGUCGGUCUUAUCUACUCUCAAUAACAGAAUAUGUAAAUAUACUAAGAUUUCUUCAGGAGAUGAUUAAAGAUCAAAGGAAAGAGAAAGUACUCUCAUUCAAAGUCAUCAGAAAAGACACAGUGCUCAUACACCGGAAGUUAGAUGGCAGCUGAUGGAGGGCACAGGGUCAUCACAGAGAGGAAGGGGGACACCAUCACCAGUUCCCAGCCUGGUUUUAUGUUACAGCCUUGUGUUCUCAGAGGUGAAGGGCCCCCUUUGUGUAUAUUAAACUUGUUUUCAAACCUUGCAUCAGUAACAGAAGGACCUAUAUUGAUCCAGGUAGAAGUCAAGAUGGCUGUAUCUUCAGUUGUAUGAUAUAAAGUAAAUGAUUCAUAUGACAGUAUGGCAUCUAAAAAAUGAUAGCUGUUUUUUAUAGCAUCUCUGCUACUAAACUGUCAACUUGAAUUUUGAAAAAAGUCGGUGUUGAUAUGUAUAUGUAUGUGUGUAUAUGUGUAUUUAUAAACAAGAGUGUGUGUGUGUGUGUGUGUGUGUGUAACAUCGUCUUCCCCUGCGCAUGUGUGUUCCACACAGAAACAGCUGUGUUAGAGUCACAAAACAAUCCGCAAUAAAACAAGGCAUUUGUUGUCAGUUCAAACCAGAAAUGGUUACGUUGUUAAAUUCAUCUGGUGUGGUGAGUAACAUGGUUGUUUUUUUCAUUGCUGUAUUAAUUUAGGCUUGUUUCAGAUAAGGUCUUAAUUUGUGUCUAAAUUGGGGUUAGAGUAGGAAUCACUGAAAUUGUGGGUGUUUCUGUUAACAUUGCAGUAGGAAACAUUUUUAUUAUUUCAGCUAUCUAAGGUAAAAUGAAUAGUUUUCCUUGUUCUUGGAUUUUUUUUAACUUGGUUUUAGGCAUCUGAUCAGUUUUUAUGUCUGAUGCUGAAUUACGAAUUUAGAAUGAUCAAUCCAGUUGAAAACCCAGCCCUCUUCAUUCUUCAGCCCAAGUGGAAGGGUCACUUUCCUUUGGUGUCCUGCACUGUACCGAUCUAAGGGGAGAAUGGGUAACAGGAAGAAAUAUAUGUUCUGUGACUUUGGUCAUGUCCUCAUGGGAGAACAAACCUUUAGUUGUCUGUAUAUUUUAGUUCCUUCCACAUAGUGAAGAGAUCAUUUCUUCAAUUGUUGACUUUCUAAACAUUGCAUGUGGUUAAGUUCAGUCAGAGACUUUCACAACCCUUAAUACUUCUAGUCAUGCACUACUGUAUCUGACAUUUACAAGAGCAGCGCAUGGCCACUCCAUCUCCUUUUGUUGUUUUUCCUUAGCCCACCCUCACUCCAUGCCCUGCCAACCUUGAUAGACCAUGGACAACCACUGUUCUCAGCGUCUUUGAGCACGUUUCCAGGACCCCUUGCCUUUUUCUUUCUAGCAUGCACACGUGUGCUCUAUACAGUGCUGUGUGUGCCCCUGUAUCUGUGAGCACACAUCGUCGAUAAAGUAGGUUCAACUAGCAGGGUGGAGGUGGCUUUUAAUUUACUACGUGGGCAUUACUGGACACAUUUUUUAAAGAUGAAACUUAACCUAUCAUACUUGGUUGACCAGUUCAUUGUAUUAAAGUUUUUCCAUUGCUAAUUUAAAUAUACAUCUACAUUACUGACUUAAAUAAUCACUUAAGUCUUGAAAAAUGUGGGGAGUGUUUUGGCCAAUUUUCCUUUGAGGACAAAUGUGUGAAACGGAAUGAAAAUAUACCCCAAUUGUAAAUGAAUAAAUGUAGACAGAACCUAGUUUUUAAAGCAAUUUGAAUUUUAAAUACAUAAAACUUUCAGGAUCUUCAGGACUCUUAAAAGCACAUUUGAAUUUAUUUUAGUAAGAAUUUUGUUUUAUGGACACACAAUAUUGCAUUCUGUUUUUUUUUUUUAAUUAAACACAGUGUAGAUUUCAAAGAGGGGGCAGAAUAGCUGGUGGUCCCAGAAUGUGCUGCUGUUGUUUUAUUAACAAAGGGGAAAUGUAUAUAAAUAGAUAAAAAUUACCAUGAAUUCCAUGAACUUAAAUCUGUGAUUCAUUGCCUUAAAACUUUCUCUUAGAAUUUCCAUACCGCAUGCCAAACCAGUAAAAUGGCUUUUAAAACUGUAUAGUAGACCAAUGUUAGUUUGUAUAAAAGUACCAAGUGAAAAUAUUUAUUACAUGCAUUGGAGAAAAGUUGUUUCCCUAUUGAAUGUUACCUGUUUAUGUAGAGCUCUUUAGAUGUAAUAAAAGAAAAGCCUUCAGUUAA